CUUAACCUCCCCCGUGAAAUUUUAGGUGGCCUAUUUGAACGUUGCUCAAAUCGUGACUUAUGCUACGCACAACGAUAUUGAGCAGCGACAAGGUUCUAGAGUCUAGCUGUACUAAUGAAGGGUGAAAUGACCGAGAGCUUAUUGAUGCAUAAGAUUUGACUUCAUCACGGGAAGCAGAACCGAGCCUUUAAAGGUCAGAGGACUGCACAUUCUAUGAUUAGCUGCUCACCUUUCCCAACCUUGCACUAUCACUUCGAGAGAUACCCGGGCCGUCAUUCCGUGAAAAUGCAUACGCACAAUAUAAGAAGACAAUCGAGUUGCAUAUGACGCAGGCUAUCUUUCAUCCUUGUCUCACCGUAUCUCCUGCAUACAAUGUCCUUCGGAAAGGUUCUUCAGUUAAAUACAGGUGCAACCAUCCCCGAGAUCGGUCUCGGCACCUGGCUCUCUAAACCAAAUGAAGUUGAAAGUGCUGUCGAGAUUGCUGUCCGCAAUGGUUACCGUCACCUUGAUCUUGCUAUGAUCUACCGGAACCAGGACGAGGUCGGACGCGCGCUGAAGAAAGUUAUACCAUCCGUCGUUACUCGCGAGCAGCUUUUUAUUACCUCAAAACUCUGGAACUGCUCGCACCAGCAAGGACCCGCCGAGGCAGAGCUUGACGAGACACUGAAGCAGCUUGGACUCAGCUACCUUGAUCUCUACCUUGUACACUGGCCUGUUGCAUUCGAGCCUGGAAACGGUCUUGUUCCCCCACAUCCGACCAAAGAAGGAGAGGUACUCUUGGACCUUAAGACCUCCCUUGUCGACACCUGGAGAGCGAUGAUCAAGCUGAAGGAAACUGGCAAGGUCAAAGCUAUUGGCGUAUCCAACUUCACGAUCGAGCACAUCAAAGGCUUGAUUGAUGCUACUGGUGUCGUUCCUGCUGUUAACCAGAUUGAGGCUCACCCUCUGCUUCCUCAAGAUGAUCUCGUUGCAUACUGCAAGCAGGUAGGCGUCCACAUCACCGCUUACAGCCCGCUAGGCAACAACUUCGUUGGCAAGCCUAUGCUUACGGAAAACGCUGCAGUGAAGGAAGUCGCCGAGAAACUCGGUGCAACCCCUGCCCAGGUUCUCGUUGCUUGGGGCGCUUACCGGGGCUACUCUGUUAUCCCCAAGUCUGUGCAAGAGGGCCGAAUCAUCUCGAACUUCAAGCAGGUUGCACUCAGCAAGGGAGACUACGAAAAGGUUACAGCGAUUGGAGUGGGAAACUUCGAGCGUUUCAAUAUUCCUAUUCGCUUUAAACCCAAGUGGGACAUCAAACUCUUUAAUGAGGAACUUGAAAAGAUUGCUACCUACCAGGUCAAUAUUGCAUAGACAUCCGGCGAGUGUCGGGGAAGGGGAAAGAAAGAAGUCGAUAUAUUUGUUGCCAAGCAUGCUCACUCCACCAAUUUCAUGAACAUCGUCAUGAUACACAUGGGAACAGUGAGUCGUAAUUCACGGGGCCCGAGCCUGAUACGGUUUCAAACCUGCAGUACCUGUAAGCUGAGGAUGAAUAGAUGGAAACUACCGGCGGAUAUGAAUGCGCAGCGGUAGCAGAAAAUUUUCAGAAUGUGAAAUCGCAAAACGCUGACGCAAAUUCGAAUGAGGCAAUGACGCCAUUUUACUUUUAACUCUAACUCAAGUCGAAGCGAGCUGGCUGGGAACACUU